AUGGAGUUGUUGAUCGAACUCUGCGAUCUGAUCGCUCACAGGCCUUCGCAGUUUGCUGAUAAAUUGGCUUGGAUUUGUGGCCGAUGUCCACCAGUUGAAUUUUUGAGGGUUUCGGGGUCACAGCUUCAUGCAGUACUCGCCACCGCCAAUUUCGGCGACAUGAUGCCCAAACCGGCAGUCCUAGGGCUUUUUAGUGAGUUGUCUUCGGAUUUUGCCAUGGCCGUUGUGGAGUAUACAGGAGGGAUUGUGAUGUCGGCGAUUAACAAUGUCAGUGGAGAUUUGGGGGUUUCAAGGGUUUUCUUGAAUGCUCUGUCGCAGAAUUUUCCUCCAAUUCUUCCUUCCCAUGCAAACAAAUCAGUGUCCACUCUUCUGGAUCGAUUUGAAAUUUCGGUUCCUAGUUCACCGAGGGAGCUAGUUUCGAUGACACCUGAAGCGUCAUCGUCUCAGAGUUCGCCGCUCAGUGCAAACCAUUAUCAAUCAAAUAAGAGAACCAGUCCAGGAAACGAGGUCAGCAAUGCCUCUGGUUCUUCGAGCGGCGAGGCUUCAAGGGUUACAGAUGAGGCAACCAGUGCAUUGUCGUCGAAAGGAUUGGUGAUGAAUGGGGGCUGCCUUGUGUGGAAGAGCAAUUUGAAUAUAUAUGGUGCUGGUGUUGGUUCAAUGAUGGAGGAGGCGGCGGUUCUGCGACGUACAAGCGAGUGGUAACUUCUUUUGAGGAAGAGCCUUCAACAACAGGAGAUUGCUUUCAAGCUGAUUGGGCACACAUUGGAUAAAGUCCAGAUUGAUCUUAAGCUUUUGGAACAAGUGAGGGCCAUCGCAAAGGAGCAACUCCAAUCAAUGUUGGCUUUCCUAAAGGUAAAAUUCAUGGGUAUCGACCCUUUUGGUUUCAUGUUUUAUUGACGUCUUGAUGAAAAAAUUAUAUAGAUGAAUGAAAAAGCUGGUAAAAAUGUUUGGCUUUGUUGGCACAUGAGGAAGCGUGACUGGACUGAACAGGGAUAGUUACUGAAAGUUAUAAUCAAUACAAAGCUGUCGGUUUACCAAGCUGCAG